CGGUGCUCCGGCGGAUCCCUCCGCCUGCGGUAGACGUGAUGAGGCUGGAACGGCCGCCAUUUUGAAUGUCUGCUGUGUUCCCCCUCCGCUGCUGCUCGUAUAAAAAGUCCCCGUCUGGUACCGCCACGGCCGAGAAUGCCCGCUCCGAUCAGACUGCGGGAGCUGAUCCGGACCAUCCGGACAGCCCGUACCCAGGCGGAGGAGCGCGAGAUGAUCCAGAAGGAGUGCGCCGCCAUCCGCUCGUCCUUCAGAGAGGAGGACAACACGUACCGCUGCAGGAAUGUGGCUAAGCUCCUCUAUAUGCACAUGCUGGGCUACCCGGCGCACUUUGGGCAGCUGGAGUGCCUGAAGUUGAUUGCAUCGCAAAAGUUUACCGAUAAGCGAAUAGGCUACCUGGGAGCCAUGCUGCUGCUGGACGAGAGGCAAGAUGUUCAUCUACUCAUGACAAACUGCAUCAAGAAUGACCUGAACCACAGCACGCAGUACGUGCAGGGCCUGGCCUUGUGCACCCUGGGCUGCAUGGGUUCCUCGGAGAUGUGCCGUGACCUGGCUGGAGAGGUGGAGAAGCUGCUCAAAACAUCCAACUCCUACUUGAGAAAAAAGGCGGCGCUGUGUGCAGUUCAUGUCAUCAGGAAAGUCCCUGAACUGAUGGAAAUGUUCCUUCCAGCCACAAAAAACUUGCUCAGCGAGAAGAACCAUGGUGUUCUCCAUACAUCCGUCGUCCUCCUCACUGAAAUGUGCGAAAGAAGUCCAGACAUGCUGUCCCAUUUCCGAAAGCUGGUCCCACAGCUGGUGAGGAUCCUGAAGAACCUCAUAAUGUCGGGGUACUCCCCUGAGCACGACGUGUCCGGCAUUAGUGACCCCUUCCUGCAGGUGCGGAUAUUGAGACUGCUGCGGAUUUUAGGACGGAGUGACGAUGACUCGAGUGAAGCGAUGAAUGACAUUCUGGCACAGGUUGCAACUAACACAGAGACCAGUAAAAAUGUAGGCAAUGCAAUCCUUUAUGAGACGGUCCUGACUAUUAUGGACAUCAAGUCAGAGAGCGGGCUGAGGGUAUUGGCUAUCAACAUUCUAGGUCGCUUCCUCUUGAACAAUGACAAAAAUAUUAGAUACGUUGCGUUGACGUCACUACUAAAGACGGUGCAGACGGACCACAAUGCGGUGCAGCGGCAUCGCAGCACCAUCGUGGACUGUCUGAAGGACCUGGAUGUGUCCAUCAAGAGGCGGGCCAUGGAGCUGAGCUUCGCCCUGGUCAACGGGAACAACAUCCGGGGCAUGAUGAAGGAGCUGCUGUACUUCCUGGACUCAUGCGACCCGGAGUUCAAGGCGGACUGUGCCUCAGGAGUCUUCCUCGCUGCAGAGAAGUAUGCACCGUCAAAAAGAUGGCACAUAGACACCAUCAUGAGAGUCCUGACCACGUCCGGCAGCUACGUGCGUGACGACUCCGUCCCCAACCUCAUCCAGCUCAUCACCAACAGUGUGGAGAUGCACGCCUACACCGUGCAGAGACUAUACAAGGCCCUCCUGGACGACAUCUCGCAGCAACCUCUGGUGCAAGUGUCGUCCUGGUGCAUAGGAGAAUACGGAGAUCUGCUGGUGUCCGGCCAGUGUGAAGAGGAGGAGCCCAUCCAGGUGACUGAGGAUGAGGUCCUGGAUGUGCUAGAAGGCCUGCUGGUGUCCAACCUGUCCACCCCCGUCACCAGGGGCUACUCCCUCACGGCCAUCAUGAAGCUCUCCACGCGCUUCAGCAGUGUCAACCGAAUCAAGAAGGUGGUCUCCAUCUAUGGAAGUAGCAUCGAUGUAGAGCUACAGCAGAGAGCCGUGGAGUACAAUGCAAUGUUCAAGAAGUACGACCACAUGAGGCCUGCCCUGCUGGAGCGCAUGCCCAUCAUGGAGAAGUCGUCUUCGAAUGGCCCAACGGAGAUGGUGCAGACCAAUGGGGAGACUGAGCCCUCGGCCCUGGAGUCGAAGCACCCGCCCCCCGUCACCCAGCCAACCAAUCAGGCCAAUGACUUGUUGGACCUCCUGGGGGGCAGCGACGUGGGGCCGGUGAUCCAGACCUCCAUGCCCACCAAGCCGGCCUCGUCCGGGGGCGAGCUGCUGGACCUGCUGGGGGACCUCUCUCUGACCGGUGGUCCGACGUCCGCCCCCGUCUCGACCGGGCCCCCCCCCCAGCCCGGCUUCCUUCUGGACGGCCUGUCCUCACAGAACCUGUUCAAUGACAUCAGCGCAGCCGGUAUCCCCUCCAUGACGGCGUACAACAAGAACGGCCUCAAGAUCGAGUUCACGUUCGAGCGAGCCACCCCCAACCCCAACAUCGCGGUCAUCACCAUCCACGCCUCCAACACCACCGACGCAGACAUGACCGAAUUUGUUUUUCAGGCUGCAGUACCAAAGACGUUCCAGCUGCAGCUCCUCUCGCCCAGCAGUAAUGUCGUCCCUGCGCUGAACCAGGGGACCGUCACGCAGGUCAUCAGAGUCCUCAACCCCCAGAAGCAACAGCUCCGCAUGCGGAUCAAGCUGACGUACUCCCACAAGGGCUCGGCGGUGCAGGACCUGGCCGAGGUCAACAACUUCCCCCCCCAGUCCUGGCAGUGACCGGACCCCCCCCCCCCUCCGUAAGCCCUCCUGCUGAGGGACUCUGACAUGAUUCCUCCCUGAACCCCUUCUUUUCUUUCAACGGACCCCCCUGUGACAUCACUGCAGGCCUCUGCCCGAGUCGUACCGGAACAGGAACACGGCGUGGAGACCCCCUAUUGACUAUUAACAGCUCCUACAGAGUACAUAUCAACUAACCCCGCCACACACACGCACACACACACGCACACACACCCCCCCCUUGUGUUCACUAUGGUACGGCCCAUCCUUCUCCAGUCGCUGUAGAGCAUCGUGUUGCGGCCUAUUUGUGUAAUCGUUUUUUUUUUUGAUUAUUUAAGAAAAGAAAUUAUUUAGGUAUUUAAAAAAAAAUGUUGUGUUUUAAUGAACUUAAAACAUCACUCACAUGAAGCUCAUAGUUUGUGAAGGCAAAGCAAUUUCCCCCAACACAAAUGUUAUCUGCAUUUUCAGCACUUUGCCCCAGCAGCCGUCUGAACGAUCGGUUUGAUUCAUCAUGGUCAUCUUGGGGCACGGUUCGUGAGCCACGUCAACUGGAAGGGUUUUGAAGGUGUAUUGUAGUCCUUAAACAUGUUUUCUUUUAAUGAUCACUUGGCUUCCAAGCAUGUUUUGAGGGGUGUUCAGCUGGGUAUCCCCGCUCCGUUGGGGCGUCCCGUCUCUGGUGGGGGCUCAGCGGGUUGCAGUUGGGCACACCCACGGCUCUCGGGGCCCAGCAAAAGUCCUUUGUUUUGGUGAAAUCUAUCGUUUUGUGUUCACUUGAUUCAACAUGUAGUUUCUCAGCUCGCUCGGUUUAUACAUUUUGGCGGAGUGGGUAAACCUCUUUGUCAUUGAUACAUGAUAAGUUUCAUUUAUAGACCGGUAAAUUGCUUUAGCUCUUGGACAUCGGUAUAAUGAUUUGCUAAUUUUGCAACUGAACGCUUUUAACGAGCAAAGGGAAUCCGCACAGAAUAUCUUUCGGUGUUUUGCCGGAUUCAGUUUUAUUGUACUUUGCAGAACUUGCCCAUCUUGCAAGUGCAUGUCAAUGAAGUCUGUUAUGAAUGUAGUUAAAUGCACUGAAAGCUUUUUUCCUUUCCUUCAUUUCGUCUCUUAAGUGAGGCGUCAUCUUCUGGCACUAUGUUUAUAAUAGUAUGGUUAUUUCUGCAGUUCUUUUGACAAUAUUUAUGCCUGAUAUCAAAGUGAUGUGCCUUUCUGACAUGGCUCGAUAACUAUGAAGCUGUUCUGAUGCUCAAAGCCUCUCUUCUGCUCUCUAUUUGGGGUUUUCUGUCCGGGUGAUAAUAAAUUAGGGAACUUGG